AUGGGUUAAAGUCAUCCUAAAGAUAAUAGAAGAUAAGUCAGAGGAGGUAUUUAAAUUUAAUUGAAUAAACUAGCUUUCGUUAGUAAUGAAGUUAUAUAAGGUAUGCUUUAUAUAAGUCUUGAAGAACCUUUUUAAGGGUGCUUUCUAUAAAUCAAUCUUUAAGGGUUUGAAGAUGUUCACUAUACAUAUACUACAGGGAGCGGUGAAAACGAAAGCACUGUUUAUGCAAAAGCUAUGAAUAAUUUUUUAAAUUAUAGUAUGCCUAUCUAUGAUUUCUCUUAAGGGAUAGGUAACUAAGCAUUUGUAAUUCAACCUUGUUAGUUAUCUAUACCAUUUUAGCUUGUAAUUGCUUAGUAAUUACCUUCUUCAAUCUAAUAUUUUAGCAAUGAACAUAAUAAAUGCAGUCUAAAAUAUUUAUUAACAGCAUAAAUACUCUCCACAGAACCUAAUGUAAGGCCUGUUAGUGGAAGCUAAGAGAUAUUUAUAGGGUAAAUAAACUAAGUUUAAAAUUUACCCAAUUUUACUACUUCAAAAUAAACACCAGUUGUUUGUUGCUGCUGUAAAUCAGGAGAAAUAAAUUACAAUAUGAUUUUGAACAGUAGAUCCUUUGUCCCUAACGAGAUUAUAAAUAUUAGAAUGAAUGCAGAUCUUGCUUAAUAUAGAAAUACAGUAAAAAAUUUUAGUGUAAAACUAAUUGGGAAGCUUGAGAUGAAGGCAGGUAGUCGUUAUAGAGACUAAAUUGUUAACUAAUUCGAAAAAAGCACUUAAUUUUAAAUAAAUAGUAAGCAAGUUUCUUAAGAAAUCUAAUUACAAAUUCCUAGUAACCUUUUAUUAAGUUCUCAAGGUUAGCUAAUUUAAAUGAACUAUUACUUAUAAAUUAUACCUGAUAUUAAUUCUUGUUGCUGUGUAACUAAUAAAUCCCCUCAUGAAAUGCUAAUAUAUAUAAAUCCUAAUUCAAACUAGAUUUUACCCUUUCAAAGUAAUUAACAAUAUUAACCCUAAUCAAUCCCUUAAAACUGGAAUCCAGUUUAAUUACAAUAAGCUUAAUUUAAUCCAAUGUAAUACAAUUAAAUGUAAUAGUAGCACUUGUAAAAUUUAGCUUAUGAAUAAAAAUUAUAUGAUAAUUACUUAGCUAUUGAACCAGCAAAAAUAAAAGUUGAUUAUUAACAAGAAAUGCUUAAUACUUAACAAUAAAAUAUAAAUUAACAGUAGCAAAUUUACUAGCAGCCUGCUUAAUAUUACCAAAACCAAAUCUAAGCUAAUAUUGUUAAUGGUUAAUAAUAAUAAAUUUACGCAGCUUAAAAUUAUAAUAACAAUAUUAAUUAAUUCAACUAAGUGCCAGGAUAAGAGAUUCCUCUAGGUUAACCAGUAAUGUAAGAUCAAAAUAAAGUUUAUAUUUGA